CUCUCUCUCUCUCUCUCUGUCUCUCUCUCUCUCUCUGUCUCUCUCUCUCUCUCUGUCUCUCUCUCUGUCUCUCUCUCUCUCUCUGUCUCUCUCUCUCUCUCUGUCUCUCUCUCUCUCUCUCUCUCUCUCUCUCUCUCUCUCUCUCUCUCUCUCUCUGUCUCUCACUCUCUCUCUCUCUCAGUGGACUACGCUCGUCCCGUCAUCAUCCUCGGGCCGACCAAGGAUCGGGUCAAUGACGACCUGCUGUCCGAGUACCCGGACAAGUUCGGCUCUUGCGUCCCUCACACGACUCGGCCUCGGAGAGACUACGAGGCCGAUGGGCGGGACUACCACUUUGUGUCGUCACGGGAACAGAUGGAGCGGGACAUCCAGUCCCACCGCUUCAUCGAGGCGGGGCAGUACAACAACCACCUGUACGGGACGUCAGUGCAGAGCGUGCGGCAGGUGGCCGAGCAGGGGAAACACUGCAUCCUGGACGUGUCGGCUAACGCGGUGAGGAGACUGCAGGCGGCUCAGCUUCACCCUAUCGCCAUCUUCAUCAGACCACGCUCCCUCGAGAACAUCCUGGAUCUGAACAAGCGUCUGUCGGAGGAUCAGGCGAGGAAAGCUCUGGAUCGAGCCAUUAAACUGGAGCAGGACUUCCUGGAGUGUUUCACAGCCAUCGUGCAUGGCGACAGCUUCGAGGAGGUCUACCACCUGGUGAAGGCUGUCAUCGAGGAGCAGAGCGGUCCCUACAUCUGGGUUCUCGCCCGCGACAGACUCUGAUUGGGCCACUGCCAGCCACCGGCGCCAUCUCCAUGGAAACCGCUGCCAACAUCCCCUCCCUCCUCCACCUCCCCUCAGCAGGGUGACCUCGUGGAGGGCAGGCGUUUGUCUUUUUACAGUUUUCUUUCUUUCUACGGGAAGACGACAGAGUAAGCACGCUGAUCGGACAGAUGCUGUUGCCACGGCAACCUAUUGAUAUGUUAUUAUAAAAAGAAGGACCUGUCUGUCUGUCCACGUCUCUGUGUGUCAGAGGAUGGAGACAGACAGACAGUUUCUGUGUUGUUGAAUAAUUCUGUAUAACAUUUGAAAUCAGAGGACAGUAGACUUCAGUUCAUAUUAAGUAUUUAUAUUAUCCUAUUUAUUGAUUGAUUUAUCUAUUUAUCUAUUUAUUUAUGUGAUGUGAAAAUGCUGUGUGUGUGUGUGUGUGUGUGUGUGUGUGUGUGUGUGUGUGUGUGUGUGUGUGUGUGUGUGUGUGUGUGUGUGUGUGUGUGUGUGUGUGUGUGUGUGUGUGUGUGUGUGUGUGUGGGUGGGUGUGUGUGUGAGCGUUUGUGUGUAAUGUACAUAAAGACUUGUGUGACUGUAAAUAAAACGAUGGGGCUCAAACACACAGUCUAUUCAGGGCUUGAAGUUUUAAACACUGGACUACAACACCCACAACCCCCCUCAUGUGGACUACAACAUCCACAAUCCUCAACGUGUGGACUACAACACCCACAAUUCUUCAUAUUUGGACUGCAGAAUGGAAAGCUUAUUAUAUGGACUACAACACCCACAAUCCCCCUCAUGUUGGCUACAAAAUUCACAUCAACCAUCAUGUGGACUACAACAAGAAAUGUCUUCAUAUACACUACAACACCCAUGAUUCUCUUAAAAUGGACUACAAAAUUCACCAUCCUUAUUAGGACU